CAUAACCCGGAAAAGGAAGUGUCCGAGUCCGGGCGUCCAACAUGUCGUCCGCCGCCGCCGCCGCAGUUUGUGUCAACCACUUCUGGGCCGAGGAGGAGACUUCCCUCCUGCUGCAGCAACUCAAACAUCUCAACAUUUCCAAGUUCCUCGACGGCCGCAAAACCAGAAACGGGCAAGUGUUUAAAAAGGUGGCCAAAGAAAUGGCGGGCGCGGGCUUCAGUCGCACGGCCGAGCAGGUGCGAGUCAAGUGGAAGCGCAUGAAGAGACUUUACUGGCAGACGAAGAAGGACAGCAAGAGAAACUUACACAUCGCACUUCUGUGUCCACACUACCAACUCAUUGAAGACCUGAUAGGACGUCCGCAGCGAGGCCAGGACGCGGCUUCCGUGUCAGAGAGUUUGCCAGAGGACCAGGCAGAUCCCAACGAGGAUUCAGAAGAUCAUCCGGAUGAGGACAAAGCUCUCACAAUAAUGGAGGAGGAGCAGACCGCCGGGUCUUCAUAUUUGACUCACUCGCCAUCGUAUGUUUGUGCUCCUCAGAGACGCUCUGGGCGGCGGGCUGAGGUGGAACGUUUUACUUCCGACAUGGAGAGAAUCCACGGUGUCUUGAUUGAACAGUUAGAGCAGAGCCAAGAGUCCCAGGAAAGACUUGUGAACACCAUCCUUCAAAGCAACCAGUUGAUGGUCUCUGCUCUCCUUGACGCCAUCCACAGUCUAAAGCCACGCCCACCUUAACCACCUCGCCGUGACUCGGUCAGUGGUUACGAGUCCCCAGUCUUUACUCUCAUUAACAUUUGAUUGUUUGUACUCCAUUGGCCCCCACAAAACACUGAAUAACUUUAUAUACAUUUAUUUAUUUAUUUAUUUUUUUGUUUUAAUGCAAGUCAUUUAUUUUGAAAAAAUGAUCGAGACAGCUUAUCCUCUUCAGGGUCAAGGGGCUGGAGCCUAUCCUAGUUAACUUUAGGCUGCCUGUCAGGUUCAAACACUGAUGACAUCUAUUAAACAAGACAAGAGGCAAAUAAUUAAACAAGAGACAGAAUUCAAUUUGGACUCAAUUGAGGAGAGACGCCUGGACACACUGUACUCUUGUACAGUGUCUCAGCACGCUCUGGCGAAAGAUUGUACUCCUCCUUAUUUAUUUGACUUCCUCCGACCACAUGACCACAGCUGCUUCCAGAGGGAAGUGGGUCGUAAACAGCGUUGCCUUCGGUUACAGAACAGUUCAAAAGAAAAGGUCGUAAACAGUUCACAGAAAAGGUCAGUUCAAAAAAGAGUACGUAAAACAGUUCAAAAAGACGUUCAUAAAACAGUUCAAAAAGGAGGUUCAAAUAGAAGUCGUCUGGAAAUUGGGCAGAUCCUGCCUUCUCUCCGCUUUGAAGUCCUUGGGUUAGAACAAUAUCUUUCUGUUGAUUACCAUACAUGAAAGAACAUAGAACAUCUUAAUGCUGCUUCCCCCCUACACAGUGGAGUUUUACGAGCCUUACUCUUGGUAGGUUUCAAAGACAGCUUUUGCUUCUCACGGGUCACUCAAUGUAACACAAAGUUUUUGUGAUAACUUAGAAACAAUUAUUCUAACACUGCCGGUCAACACCUAUAAGCAAUUAACCAUAUUUUCUGGACUAUAGAGCGCACUGGUAUAUACUGUAAGCCUCACCCACUAAAUUUUAAAAGAAAAAAGAAUGUCCAUAUAUUUGCCGCACCGUACUAUAAGUCGCAGAUAUAUUCGCCGUGAAAUUAGUUAUUUACACGGAAAUAUUCUUAAAACGUUCAUUUACAUACUAUAGGUGUUUCCAAACGGUGUGUGUAACAGGGCAGUAAAACGGCUGUUCAAACAAAACAGAAGUCAUGGUCAUGGACCCACUAGCUGCAAAAGCUAUCUCUUCGAUCAGCUAAACAGACUCAAUAACUCCACGCUGACGUUUUGCUGAAUUUAAGAAAGUGAAACAAUACAAACAUAAUGCCGUUGUAAGUUAAUAAAACUAACACACACACUUAUAAACGUGUUAGCAUAUUAGCUAAUGCUAAAGACUCUAGCUUGAUUACAUUAUGAUAGCACGUAGAAAUAUGCAUAAAAACACACUUACAGACAUCACACAUGGGGCAAUUUAGUAAGUAUGAAUUGUUGGAGGUAUGUUGUAAAACUUACAAAUGUUGCUUAGAGUGACGAACGAAGAACCCAUAUGAGUAGAAACGCUAUGGACAACUAGAAGACGGAACGGCACUUGUAUUUACGGUUAAAAGCUCUAAACAGAAGGGCAGUGAGGGAAGUCAUCCAAAAGAUGGCGCCAUAGCACAAACAUUUUCAGUGUCUUUGCUUGUGUUGGUUUUUUUUUAAACUAUUUGCAUUAUGGUCGUCAGCGAAGAAAAAUCCACAAAUUACCUGCACCAUUUUGUAAGCCGCAGGGUUCAAAGCUUAGGAAAAAAAGUAGCGGCUUAUAGUCCGGAAU